GACGCGCGGGUGGACCGGACCUCCCUCCUUUCCCUUCCUGGGAAAAGAAAGAAAGGAGGGAGUCUCUAGCGGGAGACGCUGCGCAUCUGUUUGCGGAUGGGACAGCUGUCGUGAGCCGAGCCAGCCGAGGCGCGCGUCGUCUUCGUCUCCUCCCAUGCGGCGUGGGGCAUGACCCCCUUCCCCAGGCGCGUUUUUGGGAGAUGGGGUUCAAGGCUGCCCAAAUCAUCUGUUACUUCUUUUGGCCGCUUGCUAGCAUCCCUCUUGCCCAAGGUGUCGAAUGUAAACCUGGUUGUCAUCCUGUAAAUGGAUAUUGUGAAGUUUCAAGUGAAUGCAGGUGUCAGCCUGGUUGGCAAGGCCCUCUCUGUGACCAGUGCAUCCCUUUCCCUGGCUGCCUGCACGGGACCUGUGCCAAGCCGUGGCAAUGCAUGUGCGAAGAAGGGUGGAUCGGCAGCCUCUGCGACACAGAUGUUCAUCCCUGCUCUUCAAAGCCUUGUACAAAUAAUUCAACCACUUGUAUUGAAACUGGCGACGGAGGAUACAUUUGUUUGUGUGCUCAAGGAUAUACUGGGGAAAACUGCCACGUGAAAAAGGGCCCUUGUAUAGUGAACGGUUCUCCCUGCCAGAAUGGAGGGACCUGCGUGGACAACGGCGGGUUCGCUCCUCACGCCUCCUGCCUGUGCCUUCCUGGCUUCACUGGAAUCUUUUGCGAAAUAGAUACAGACGACUGCGAGUCGAACCCCUGUGAAAAUGGAGGGACGUGCACCGAUAUCGGGAGGGGCUUCCGCUGCGUCUGCCCCUCUGGUUACGGAGGUGUGUUGUGUAGCAGUCCCAUCACCAUCUGCACUAGUGGCCCGUGCAAAAACGGCGGGACGUGUCACCAACGCCCUGGUGGGAGCUUUGAAUGCAUUUGCAUACCGCCCUUCGCCGGGGUCACCUGCGCUUCUUCCAGCAGAAACGCGAGCGUCGGUGCAGAGGCUAAACACAGGCUGAACCACCACCCGCACCCGAAAGCUCACCACAAAGCUAUUCGCCCCCAAGAACCAGACGUCUUGACUAUAAAAGAGACGGUCGAAAACAGGCAGCGGCUUCUCAGUAAGAGUCAGGUGAUCUGCUUCCUGGCCCUCGGCUUGCUGACGUGUCUCGUUGUGCUGGGUACAACUGGGGUUAUCUUCUUCUCCAGAUUUGAAAUGUGGCUCGCAAAUGCCAGAUACAGUCAUCUGGUACGCAAGGAGAGGGAUUGCUUCCUCAAGGCCAACGAAGGCGAGAACCUUUCAGUGAACAUCAUCUUCCCAGAGAAGAUCAAACUGACUAAUGAAUGAGGACGAAUGAUACAGUCGUCUGGGCUGGGCCCAAAGCCUUAUACGUAUUUCGCAACGUGUGCUCUUGUCGUUUCAAGUGGUUGGCUUUCCUUUUUCUUUCCUUUUUUUCCUGGCUUUGGGACCGAUUGACAGACAAAGAAAUGGACUGUGUUUUUGUCACCUAAAGAAAUUUCCCAUUCCCAUUAUUAGUAUGAUUUCCCACCUACAUACGCACACAGAAUCGUAUGUGGUGAACCCAUGAAUCUUUAUUUCCUUGAAAAAAUAAACAAAAGGCAGGUGAUACUUUGUGGAAAAUAAGAGAACUGAUGUUAUUGUACUGUGUAUAGCAUGUCUGGCCGUCGUGCUACUUCUAAGUCGUUUUCCAGUGCUUAUUUUCUAAUAAAGGAUAUUUAAGGGCUAUAUUGA